GGAGGGUCUGCUGCUCUAAUGCAGACGAUAAAGUGUGCGGUGGUGGGAGACGGCGCUGUGGGAAAGACCUGCCUGCUCAUCAGCUACACCACCAAUGCCUUCCCGGAGGAAUACAUCCCCACGGUGUUUGAUAACUACAGCGCUCAGAUGACGGUGGACGGGAGGAUGGUCAGCCUUAACCUCUGGGACACAGCCGGACAAGAGGAAUAUGACCGUCUGCGGACCCUCUCUUACCCGCAGACCAAUGUCUUUGUGAUUUGCUUUUCCAUCGGCAGCCCCUCCUCUUAUGCCAAUGUGCGACACAAAUGGCACCCUGAGGUCUCCCACCAUUGUCCCAAUGUGCCAAUUCUUCUGGUGGGCACCAAAAGGGACUUGCGGAAUAAUGCAGAAGCCGUAAAAAAGCUGAAGGAGCAAAGCCUGGGCCCUACCACCCCCCAGCAGGGCACUUCGCUAGCCAAACAAAUCGGGGCAGUUAAAUACUUGGAGUGUUCAGCAUUGAACCAGGAAGGGGUAAGGGAAGUAUUUGCAGAAGCCGUGCGUGCCGUUCUCUAUCCGGUGACAAAGAAGAACUCCAAGAAGUGCCUGCUGUUGUAGUCAGCAAGACGAGGGCAGCGCAGACUGAAAGCGUGGGGUGUUUGCAGUCC